UUUGAUACUAUUAAAGAUCAACGUGCAGCUGAUUUUCCUCAAGAUGGUCCAUCUCCGAAAAAUGAUGUGUGGCAAAAAAAUUUUACUGAAUUUAAAUGUUUGAAUAACUUAAAAGAUGACGCUAGCGGUCUGAAAUCGGAGACCCAAUGCCAUGUAGUACAAAAAAAGGGUGAGCAAGAAGCUAGUAAAGGAUGUCUUCAGAGGAGAUUAACACACAUCAGUACACAAACAAUGCCUGUUUACACAAGUAAAAUAGCUGUAGCAAAAAAUGAGCAUCGACAAAAAAAACAGGGUACAGAAAUUAUAUCUGCGUCAUGGAAAGGAUGUGAAGAUGAUAAUUUGGGCGAUAAAAAUUCCAAAAAUACUGAUACAAAAGAACAAAGUCCCGUACCGGUAACACAGGUAACACCAAAUUUGCCCAGUAACACUUCUCCUGUUAAUGAAAAGGAUAAAAUUGCACCACCUCCCCGUAAGUACUUCAUUACAGUAAAUAGUGACUCCGAUGAAACUUUGAGUAAUAUUGAAUCAGUUCCCAAUAGUCCAGGGCAAGACAAUUGGCAAAUUUCAGCUCAAAGGUAUUCCAGUUUAACUAAUAACCAUCAAAAGAAUAAUCAUCCUCAAAGCAAAUCACCUAAAAGAGAUAGAAGCCCGGUGGCUUGUGAAAUUUCUAGAUGCAUGAAUAUUGAGAACACAAAGGGUGAUCAAAAUACUGAAUCGGAAUCUGGCAGCAUCAUUAAACGCCAGAGACUAAUGAUCGGUGGUACCUUAAUUUGUAGUGACGAAAAAACAAAACUUCAACCUCAGUAUCACACGGAAGCCUCCUCAACUGAAAACCCUUCUGUACUAGCUAAAGGCAGUGAAAAAAAUACAGGAGAUAUUACGCAUCACAACAUUCUUAAGAGUCCAGAAGAGGUGUCAUGGCUCAGACAUUACGAAAGACCACGUGCAACUUAUCUGAACUCAGACAAGAAUAUUAGCAAGUUUGAAAAUAACGGCAAGGAAAAUUUACAAAAAAAUGAAAUCUUAUCCUGUGCACCCAAGAAAAACGAUGAGACAAUUAAGAAGCCUAUCAAUGUAACAAUCGCAAGCGAUCCAGCCCAGCCUAAUUCUCAUGCUGCAGGAUACUUGUUGGGAGGUCGACAUGACAAACGACCAAAACCAGUUACCCAGAAGCUUGGCAAACGGGGCAGGCCUCGAAAACAGGAUUACCAAAAGUCUGGUCCAAAUUCAGAAAUGAAAAAAAAACCGCAGGGAAAAACUUCCGAUACUCGAUUUACUUCUGAACAGACAUCAGCAGCUACUGGUGGUGAACCAGGAGUGAACAACAGCACAAGUAGACCAUCUGGCAAUGGAUUAACGCUAAAUGGUCAUGCUCUGAGUUUAUGGGAAUUGCAGACUCUAUUUUUUAAAUUCUUGCAACAUGGGCAUUUUAGAGUUGAUCCGGAGCAACCGCUGAUUUUUACCUUCAAUAAUGAUGACAAUAAAAGUUUUGCUGCAGGAAUGCAAUGUUACGAUCCCAAAGGGUAUCACACACAACCUGGUAACACAGAUAUGACUAAUAAUUGUGAUAGUAAAAAAAAUCCACAUUCACAACGACGUUUCUCAACUAACAAUGAUGAUAGCAGACAUCAUUCGAUGCAUAAUGCUUGGCCAAAUGACACAAGCCAUUGGAAUUGUAAUAGUGAACUCCCUAUUUAUACGAAUCCAAUAUCGAAUUACAUGCAACCUCAACACUCUUCACCUUCGCAUUACCACCAAAACAUAUACAAUAACAAUGCAAACUUAAUGGGAAACAACAUUAACAGUGACCGUGGAUAUAUGAAUUCCAAUAGCCCGAUGAAUGAUGCUUCGAAUUUUUCAGCAACUACCAGCAACACUAACAUUAAUUUUAACCAGAAUAUUCAACGUCGAUAUGAGAACUCAGUAAAUAGCAGAGAGAUUGAUUUGUCAAUGACAAAUAAAAAUGCAAUGCCAAAUAACUCCAUGAACCCGGUGCCUAAUAUCUCUGCAAAUAAUCUGAGUCCCAGUUGGAGAUCCGAUAACACCAAUGGAGUUAUAACAAAUGCAAACUCAAUGAACUGUUUGAAUGAGUUUAGCCAGACACUAGAAGGUAGCACAAGCGUGAACAAUUUCAUACACAGUCAAAAUUCGCCGAUCAGUGUAUCAGAUUCUUGGAUAAAUAGGACAAAUAAUGCAUUCAAUAUUAAUAGAUAUUCAACAUUUCCUCCAUGGCAAGGAUCAUUUCCAAUGUACAGCUCAUGCUUGAAUAAUGCUGACCCUUAUUACAAGAAUAUGUUCAAUCCAUGCAACACUCUAAUGGCACUUGAUCUCCCAAAUUAUCCUUACCAAUAUACUAUGGAGAAUAAUUCAAAUCAAUGGAUGCAAAAUAUUACUCCAGGUGAUACUGGCAUUUCUGCAUUCAAUGCUCCAGGUUCGCAAUAUCCUCGUACGAACUAUGGUUUUUCGGAAGAACAUCCGAUGAAUCAAGGAAUAAACUUGUCACUGUCAAGUGAAGCCGCAGUUAACACCAUAGUUCCUGAAACGAGUUUUAUAGAUCCUGAUGAGGCCAACUCAGGAAUGGAAUACAGAAGUGCAUUGAAGCGUAACAGUGUGGAAUCUAAGAAAAAUGCGUAUCAAAAAGUUGUGUCAGGUGUUAAUAACGAGAUGCAAACAAAUGCCAGAAGCUAUUCCGAUCCUAUUUGUGUGCCGUAUUCAAAAGGAUACAAAAACGAUAUACAAACUCGUGACAUUGAUGAUAUUGAUGUAAUAAAUGUUGUCGAUGAUGACAUUGAUAUCUUGGAAGAACAAAAUCUACCUCAUAUCCAGGAUUAUGUCAACCGAACACUGGAUAGUUUUGAAGGCUGCUUUAAUCAUGCUUACAAAGCCAGCAAUUCUUCGAACUUUAGAACUGUCACAGACCUAUCGAAUAAUACAGAAACAGAAUUGACCAAGUUACGACAAGAGUUGGCUGAUUUUACCAAGCAAUAUUCUGAAAAUCAGACAAGUUCUGAAUCAUCAAUUCUACAUGAUGACGUUUAUAAUUACAUGAUGACGCAAAACCUGGAUGUCAUAGAAACUCAACGUGACUCAACUAAGACAAGUACAAAAAAUAGUUAUAGCCAUUAG